ACCAAAUUGAACAGACUAGAAAAUUAUAUAUAAAAUCACAGAAUAGUGAAAAACAACAACAACAACACAUGGCAAACGUUGGAGGUAAAAUGAUAUCAAAUAAUUAUAGUGUAGGCGUUGGUGGUGGUAACCAUAAGAAAGAAAAACCAAUUUGUAAUAUUUGUCGACAAGAGGAAUCGUUCAAAAAUUUAAUAUCACCAUGUGAUUGUAAAGGUACCGGUGGUUUUGUACAUUUUGAUUGUAUAAAACGUUGGAUUGAAACAAGCGGAAAUGAUCAUUGCAAAGCAUGUAAUGUAAUCUAUAGGAAAUUAAAAAUGAGAAAAAAAUCCGGAUCAUUUGGAAAAUUUUAUCAUAAAUCCGAAAUUGGUAUAUUAUAUUCACAUUUCGCAUUAUUCUAUUUUACCAUGUUUUUUAUUUCACAUUGGGCACAAUUCCAUAGUCAGAUGGCAUUUAUUUAUGGUUAUCGUACAAGUGCACGGGUCAUUACAGCAAUCAAUAGUUUUUAUCUUUCAUUUCAUGUGAUCACAUAUACAAUAUAUUUGGCAACAUUAUACCUAUCGUUUAUAGUGUGGCAAAAAACCAAUUUCGAAAUUUUUGUUCAACGUGAAUCGCCAUCUCCAUCAUCAUCAUCAUCACCAACAUUAUCGUCCAGGAAUACCACUUGACACCGAUGUGUAUUCGUGUAAAUGUAUCUGUUUGUGAAUUCGCAGAGUUCGAACAAU